GUAAAUUCGCUCUGGAGUGUCUGACUCAGCCAGGGUGAAUUUACGAACGCAGCCUUAUUUAGCAUGCCGUGUUAAUCUUGUUGGGGAGCUAGCUAGCGCUCUUGCGCGUGGCAAAAUGUUUGCAAAGUGAGAGAUUCGAGUUUUACACGGGAGUGAUGGCGGCAACGGACUGCUACAUCGUUCACGAGAUCUACAACGGGGAGAAUGCACAGGACCAGUUUGAGUAUGAGCUGGAGCAGGCACUGGAGGCCCAGUACAAGUACAUUGUGAUCGAGCCCACACGCAUUGGCGACGAGACGGCCCGCUGGAUCGCCGUGGGCAACUGCCUGCACAAGACGGCCGUCCUGUCGGGCACCACCUGCCUCCUGACGCCGCUCUCGCUGCCGCCUGAGUACUCGCGCUACGUGGCACUGCCCGCUGGUGCCCUCAGCGUGGCCUGCUCCGCCCUCUACGGAAUCUCCUGGCAGUUCGAUCCCUGCUGCAAGUACCAGGUGGAGUACGAUAGCCAAAAACUCUCGAGGCUGCCCCUGCACACACUCACCUCCUCCACGCCAGUGGUUCUGGUGCGCAGGGACGACAUCCACAGAAAGAGACUCCACAACACGAUAGCGCUGGCCGCCCUGGCCUACUGCGCCAAGAAGAUCUACGAACUCUAUGUGGUAUGAGCAUACUCUGAAGAGGGUUAAACAAAUAAAAUAAAAAAUAAAAUAAAUAUAGCGGGAAAAGAAAGAAUCCACCCAGUAGUAAGCCAAGUGGAAGCCAUGUGCUGAGUCGAGGGUUUGCCCCUAACCCCCUCCACCCCACCCCACCUCACUUGCGUGGGCGCUUACUUUUGGGCUGUUUGAUGGAUCAGAGGGAUAUAGUUCAAACUAGAAGGAAUUAUUUUUCCCUUAUUUUCUUUACUUGUAAGUGACAUCACCAGUGCACUUAUCCAUAUGGUACCCUUGCGCCUCUUCCCAAUCCCUGUACCCCUCUCAAUACACUAAGUUAGGGCACAAGGGUAGCUAAGUAAAAAGAUUUAGACUGAAUUGUGUUGCAGUUGAAACGGACAGGCUUAAGUAAUUACCAACAUGUCUAUUCCUUGUAGUUUUACUGUACCCCUUUCUUGCUGAUCAGUAUGUCACCCUUUCAUUAAACAUUAGGAUAUUUCAAACUCUCA